CACAAAGAGCCCAUUUGUCCAGCAAUGGGUUGAAUGCAGUGUAUGAUUGCUGGCAGUUUAACUGAUUGCAGUGCAGGGUAGGGAGUUUCUCUAAGGCAUUACCCGGAGAUACGUGAUCUCCAGUCUCCGGAGUCCAGGGUGAGUCAUAUGGAGGUGCUGAGAGAGUAUCUACCUGCCUGCCUGCCUGCCAUGCAGACUCAGAAGCCUCUCCAGCAGGCAGGAGGGUGAGCUGACUGCCGAUCCUGGUCCGCUCUCCUAUGUGUGUGUGUGGCGUUUGGUAGAACGUCAUGACAUGACUACCCUAAGCUUGCCCCUAAACAUACGCCGAGGUGGGUCAGACACCAACCUCAACUUCGACGUACCAGAUGGCAUCCUGGACUUCCACAAGGUCAAACUCAGUGCGGACAGCCUGAAACAAAAAAUUCUAAAGGUAACAGAGCAGAUAAAAAUCGAGCAAACCUCCCGCGAUGGGAAUGUUGCAGAAUAUCUGAAACUUGUCAACAGUGCAGACAAGCAGCAGGCUGGCCGUAUCAAACAGGUCUUUGAGAAGAAGAAUCAGAAAUCUGCUCACUCCAUUGCCCAGCUGCAGAAGAAGUUAGAGCAGUAUCACCGAAAGCUCAGGGAGAUCGAGCAGAACGGAGCCUCGAGAAGCUCCAAGGACAUUUCUAAGGACAUCCCACACUCUCUGAAAGAUGCCCACGCCAAGUCUCGAACUGCUCCCCACAACAUGGAGAGCAGUAGAUCGGGCAUGCCAGGGGUCUCCCUCACUCCACCUGUGUUUGUCUUCAAUAAGUCCAGAGAGUUUGCCAACUUGAUCCGGAAUAAGUUUGGCAGCGCAGACAACAUCGCUCACUUAAAAAAUUCCUUAGAGGAGUUUAGGCCCGAGGCGAGUGCCAGGGUCUACGGGGGCAGCGCGACCAUUGUGAACAAAUCCAAGUACGGCAGCGACGAUGAGUGUUCGAGUGGCACGUCAGGCUCUGCCGACAGUAAUGGAAACCAGUCCUUCGGGGCCGGGGGACCUGGCACGCUGGACAGCCAGGGGAAGCUCACCAUGAUCCUGGAAGAGCUCCGCGAGAUCAAGGGUACCCAGACACAGCUGGCUGAGGACAUCGAGGCUCUGAAGGUGCAGUUUAAGAGAGAAUACGGCUUUAUUUCUCAAACCCUGCAAGAGGAGAGAUACAGGUAUGAGCGACUAGAAGACCAGCUCCAUGACCUGACAGACCUGCACCAGCAUGAGACGUCCAACCUGAAGCAGGAGCUGGCCAGCAUCGAGGAGAAGGUGGCCUACCAGGCCUGCGAGCGCUCGCGGGACAUCCAGGAAGCCCUGGAAUCCUGUCAGACGCGCAUUGUGAAGCUGGAGCUCCACCAGCAAGAGCAGCAAGCCCUGCAGACGGACACAGUGAAUGCAAAGGUCCUCCUGGGCAAGUGCAUCAACGUGGUCCUGGCCUUCAUGACGGUCAUCUUGGUGUGCGUGUCCACCAUCGCCAAGUUCAUCUCGCCCAUGAUGAAGAGCCGCUUCCACAUCCUUGGCACCUUCUGUGCUGUGACUCUCUUUGCCAUAUUUUGUAAAAACUGGGACCAUAUUCUGUGUGCCAUAGAAAAAAUAAUAAUACCCAGAUGAAGCCACUGGUCCCUGUCUUCAGGUUCUUUCAAGUUUUUAUUUUUUUUAAAAACUGUGCAUACUACCAAAUUUGAAAAUGAACAGCUGUGCCAGCUGAAGAUGGCACGAAGGACUGGGACUGUGUGUUGUAAAUAACUACACUUCUCUUAACUCGGUAGCAGAUGCCAGCCCAGUCCUUGGACCUGGUUAACGUGAAUCUGUCUCUAAGCUCCCCCCAUGUUGCUCACUGCCUUAAUCGGACCAGAUUUCCUGCCCACCUGACUCGGUAGACCUCUGGUUAUUGAGCCUUUGGCGUACUUAAUUAGUGACCAAGAAGAAAAGGGGAUUUAAACCUCUUUCUCAAGUUAUCAAAAUGAAGCUCACAUUGUUAGUAGUCGCGUUUUCCCCGAGGCCUGUAAGCACCAAGGACGUGGCUCGAGUCAGGGAGGGGAUGGAGCCCGGGCGUGGGCCGUGCUGAGCACGCGUGGCUGUGGAAGCAGUAAAUCCCGUGUAAUCCAGCCUGCUGCUCCACCAGGGACCUAGGUCCCUAUGUGCCCGGCGUCCACAGUGGUCAGUUGUGUGUGACUCCGUCACAUGAAAAUCUUAUUACACACCUGUUUUUCCACCCAAAGUCUAACUUAGUUGUUCUGUUGCACUUUAAACGGUGAGACACGAGGAUGUGUGAAGGUCUUAUGCCUUCUAUUACCUUGGAGCCGGAUACCUGAUUUCAUCUUACCUGGUGAUUGGAGGCACAGCCUUCGAAGCACGUAGAAAUGCUUCCGAAUCCCUCAUCAGACUGUGGCUUUCACAUUAAUUUGGGGUCCUGUAAGCACGACACCAGACAGAGGUUUGUGUUUCAGCACACCUUAAUUGUGAUUCACUUUAUCCCCAGGUCUGUGAGGGAUUGCGAAGCUUCCUCAGUAAAUGAAAACACAUGAUGCUCAUGAUGCAGGGUUGUUUUUUUUCUUUUUUUCUUUAAGAAAGACAACAGAAUCAUAAUUUAUAAAGCUAAAGCACACUAAGGUAGGAACACUGGACGCAGGAGGAAACUAUGACGUGUGAUUUAAUCGGAUGGCUGCUGGGUCAGUGGGAGCAGUACACCGGGAUGAAGACUGCGAGGACCCUCUUAGGACCCUGAAAGACCAGCCAGAGUAAAAUAAAUUCAAAAGUUAACAUCUUUGGCCUAUUUGGGGGAUGCCAUUCACUGUCUUCAGCCCAGAUGACACUUUCCUUUAAAUCUGUUCCUCUGUGUACAUAAAAGGAAGACACAGAAGAAUUUAAUUGGAACUGCUGUCCAGCCCCUCCACCCACCACCCACUCCAUUAUCUGAAGGCAAAAAUAUGCAUGUUAGUGUAUAUUUUCUUCCAAAAAACAUCAUAUCAGGAUAUAAAUUAAGUGCAAUAUUUUGCAAACAGCUGCUCUUCAGGAAGUCCCCUGAAACAAUGUGAUGGUGUGACAUGGUUUGCAGGAUUGGAGUUGUCCAGCUUCUGGUACAAGUGCAGUGCGUGUGUGAGACUCAUGCAACUCAAGCUUUGUUAAAGUUUAUAAUUCAGUGAUUUUAAUCAAUUCACAAACUUGUAUAACUAUCACCAUUAUCUAAUUCCAGACUCGAGCUUUUUAAAAUAAUAAACAUGAUUUCAUGAAA